UGCAGUAUUUAUUCAGUGAGCAAGCCCAAUACACCAUACGAAGACAUGGCAUCAAUGUUGUGGAACAGUGCUUUACAGGAGAGGGCAAGCGAGUUACAUGAGGACACAUGGAAUAUUGUAUUUGAUGAGUCUAUAGUGGCACACACACCAGCUCCUGGUUGGUACCAGUACAUUUCUGGCUCCUUUGCACGGUUCAGCUGUUCUCUUUGUAAAAGAUCGUGGAUGUCUAAGAGAGUGCAGGUGGUGUUUCACUUCUAUCUGAACACAGCAAGCAGUCCUAAAAGUGGAACCAUUAAAGUGCGACGCUUCAAACAGAAAUGCAGGAGGUGUGCUGAAGCUCAGAUGGAGGAUCCAAACUUCCCAGUGGAAAACAUUGAUGUACUGGUUGAGAGACUGGUUGGAAAGAUCCGUAUGAGAUGCUAUAGGGAAAACCUGGGUGAAACAAACAGGGCCUCAAAGUUCCAUGGCAGAGUUAAUGGCCCUCAUGAAAGUUCUCACUGUGAAGCCUGUCGAGAAGGUGUCUGUAGUCAGGCCACCUGAGAUUGAUUCCACUGGUCUGCUCAGAACUGAUAAGUGAAUAAUUUGUAUUUAUUAUUAAUUGUUUUCCCAAUGAUAAUGUGAUAAACGUGGACACAAAUAAAUCUUGCUCAAAAAAAUUGUCAAUAUGAUAUUUGUUUUUAAAUAUCAUUGAAUCAUUGAAAGCUGUUGUAAUGUAGGAUGGACUUCAAAUAAAAGGGAAUCUUUUGAAAGGCGUUUCUUCAGUCUGCAGUGAUAAUACAGCCUAUAGUGAUAAUAUCUGAUGCUUUUACUGAACUUUAUGUAGACUCAAAAACAGUGAUAUCUGUAAUAAUAUAUUGUAAAUACAAAUUUUGAAGAGAUGGAGUUUUUGACAAAUGUCAAGAUUAUUUUGCACUUAGCUCUUGAUAUCAAUCUGAAUUGUCUUUGUGAUAAAUUCAAAUUAUUCUUCAUAAGGUCACAUGUUCAUAUAAUCUGCAUGAUGAAGGCAUACAGAUUUGGCUUGAAGUCCAAGACUCGACUCGUAAAUUCUUUGUAAACAUAAGUAAACAUAAAGUAAGUAAACAUAAAGAAAUACAGAGUACUGUUGAAGCAAGGUACAUGUUACUUUCUCAGCGCUGGCAGUGAUGGACAAGAUGGACCAAACAUUUGUGAUUAGAGGGCAUUUUAUUUUUUAUUUUAUUUUUUAAUUGCAGGGGUGGAUGUCCAUUUUUUUCAGAUCAUUGGAAUUAAUAGUACAGAUGUCCACAGUAAGACAAUAAAAGUCUCGAAAUUUGAAUGCGGCCGGUAAACUGGGCCUGUUGUUUUUCAAUGGUUAAAAUAGAAUCAAACCAAUAGAGCUUAAAUUAAUGUAUCUUUUUUGCAAAAUCCUGAAUUCCAACAAAUGUUAAAGGCUGAAAUCAAUGUUUAUAUGGAGACAAACUGGCCCUCAGUAUCCUCUGUGGGCGUGGCUUGGGAGGCACUUAAAGCGGUCCUUAGGGGUCAGAUCAUAGAGUAUGCCUCAUUCAUCAAAAAAUCCAAAGCACAAGAACUCGUAGAGUUGGAAGGGAAUAUUAAAAGUGCAGAGGCAGAGCUGAAGUGCCGAAUGUCAUCUGAUGGCCUCAGAGAAUUGACUCGAUUGAAAAACAGAUAUAACACUAUUUUGUCACGGAAGGUGGAGUUUUGGCUACUCAGGGCAAGACAGUUAUACUUUGAGUCGGGGGACAAAGCAGGAAAAAUUCUGGGUAGAUAUAUAAAGCAGAAACAGUCUUUUUCUACCUUUCUCUCAGUGAAAUCUGCUGGUGGUGAAAUGUUUACCUAGGCCAUUGAUAUUAAUAAUGCUUUCGAGGAGUUCUAUCUUGAUCUCUAUAGCUACAUGUCUUCAUCUACUGAUGUAGAUAUUAGACAUUUUGUGGAACCAUUAGAACGCCCUAAACUGACGGCUGAGCAAAAAAGUUCUCUUGAUUCUGAGAUAAACUUUUAGGAGCUUGGUGAGGUAAUUAAGGCCUUGCCUGCAGGCAAGGCUCUGGGCCCAGAUGGCUUUGCCGCUGAAUUUUUUAGAUCUUAUGCUACAGAACUGGCUCCACAUUUGUUAGAAGUUGAUAUGGAAUCAUUAAAGAAUGGAAAGCUUCCGACAACCAUGAAACAAUCCAGGAUCAGUCUGAUUCUUAAAAAGGACAAAGAUCCAAGUGAGUGUAAGAGUUACCGUCCAAUUUCCCUGAUCCAGCUAGAUGUAAGAAUAUUGUCAAAAAUUCUGGCUAACCGAUUAAGUUAUGACAUCUCUUAUUCAUAUAGAUCAGGUGUGGUUUAUUCGGGGCCAUAGCUCUUCUGAUAACAUUAGGCGUUUCAUCAAUAUCAUGUGGUCAGUGGCGAAUGAUCAGACUCUGGUCGCUGCCAUCUCACUUGAUGCCGAAAAGGCUUUUGAUAUGGUAGAAUGGGAUUAUCUUUUUAUGAAUUUGGAAAUAUAGGGUUCGGGAAUAAUUUUAUUGGAUGGAUUAAGUUACAUUAUAGACACCCGGUAGUGGCGGCACAAACAAAUGGAUUAAUUUUAGAUUAUUUUACUCUGUACAGGGGCACCUGGCAGGCUUGCCCUCUUUCCCCAUUAUUGUUCUGUCUUGCCCUGGAACCAUUAGCAGCCGCGAUAAGAAAGGAAGAUGAUUUUCCAGGGGUGGUGGAAACAGGGCAUUAAGUAUUUGAGCAUUUUAUUCCCAGCAAAUUUGUCUGAUUUAUUUAGAGUUAAUUUUGACCCCUUAAUAAAAAGGUUUUCGAGCGAUGUGGGCAGGUGGGCUUCAUUACAUUUAUCUAUGAUUGGGAAGGUUAAUGUUAUUAAAAUGAAUUGUUUUCCAGAAAUUAACUACCUGCUACAAUCUCUCCCUGUGGAUGUCCCCCUGUCUUAUUUCAAGCAAUUUGAUAGCAUAGCGAAGUCCUACAUUUGGAAUGGUAAGCAUCCUAGAUUACAUUUUAAUAAGUUACAUAGCCCGACUGACAAAGGUGGGCUUGGCCUACCCAAGAUUUUGUUUUAUUAUUAUGCAUUUGGUCUCAGACAUUUGGCUUAUUGGUCGCUUCCACCUGAGAGAGCCCAUCACUGGUUUUGUAUUGAACAGGAAGUUCUUGCUCUUAUUUCACAAUUGCAAAGUCUUUCUAUCAAACUAAUCUGAGAAGUUAAGUUACACCCCGUUAUCUCGUAUUUGCACUCGGUAUGCACAAAAGUGUCCAGAGUGUUUAAUUCGGACAUUUAUUUAAAUGUUGCCUCAAGCAUAUGGUUGAACCCUAAAUUAUGUUUUAGUAAGUCCCCUUUCUGCUGGUCAGAGUGGAUUGUGAGGCAGGUUGCUACACUCGGUGGCCUAUAUGAGAGUGGAGUUUUGAGAUCUUUUGAAAAUUUGGUUAAAAAUUUUGGGAUUCCCAGAUCUCAGUUCUAUAGGUAUUUACAGCUGCGCCACCUGCUCUGUAUUGUUUUUGGGAGUAGCAAUGUUU